AUGGCUCGUUUGGAACAGGCCGUUGAAAACAUUGUUGAUGUUUUUAUGGCAUACGCUAACGAGGAUGGCAAGUUAACGCAGGAGGAGUUAAAGAAGCUGUUUGAGAAAGAGAUUGCAUGCCCUGAGGCUAAGGCUCACUUCGAGGGAGCUGACUUCAACAAGAUCAUGGGGCUGAUUGAUAAAAACCGCAAUGGAGAGAUCGAGUUUAAAGAGUUUGUUAAGUGUGCCGGGUUCAUGGCCAAAUGCUACUACCAUAAGAAGACAGGUAAAGGACAACUAGAUGAAAACUGAACAGAAGACUGAAUAUAAAACCUCUGAAGAAAACUAAUAGUGACACUGCCGACACUGACAACAGAGGGUACAGAA